AUGGGGAGUAGUUUCAUUGGUAGACCAAACAUGAGAGGAUCUUCGUCGUCUUCAUCGUCUCCGACGUCUUCUUCGUCUUCUCCGGCGACAAGAAGAGGGAAGAAGAACGGUUCCGAGAAGCAGAAGCAGCCACAGAGAGGUCUCGGAGUAGCACAACUGGAGAAGAUUAGAUUACAUGGUGAAAUGAGUUGCAACAGCUUCAACAAUUACAACACUUCAUUGUAUCCUCAGGAGGAUUUGAGGAUGCAAGGAGGAUAUUCAUCCAUACCAUCAACAUCACCAUCCUUUACAUAUGCAUCAUUACCAUCACCAGCAUCGACUCCUUAUGGCUUCUAUCCAAACGUCAUGAUGGGUGUGCAUAGAGAUCAAUACGAAAGAGCAACCAUGAGUUGGAACCCAAGCUACGGCAUCUUAGAGAGCCAAAAUUCUUUGGAACCAAACAUCACCAGUCAUUUCUUACAUGAGGAUCCAAGUUCAACAAGGCGAAGUAGAUCGUUGGGAUUAGGAAACCAAAACUCGGGAUCAAGUGACAAUCAAGAGCUAGAUUUGGAGUUGAGAUUGUAA